GGACGUAGCCAGCGCCUUGGGCUGCGCUCGGCCUCGGGUCUCCCAGCCCCGGCAGGGCCUCGGGUGGCGCUGGGACCUGUACGGGCCGCGUGGGCCGUGGGGAAGACGCCGGGACCCCCCGGGAGCCGGGAAAUGGACUUGGUGGCAUUUGAGGAUGUGGCUGUGAACUUCACCCAGGAGGAGUGGGCUCUGCUGGAUCAUUCUCAGAAGAAACUCUACAGAGAUGUGAUGCAGGAAACCUUCAUUAACUUGGCCUCUAUAGGGAAAAAAUGGGAGGACCAGAACAUUGAGGAUCAGUAUAAAAACCAGGGGAGAAAUCUAAGAAGUCAUACAGCAGAGAGACUUUGUGAAAGAAAAGAAGAUAGUCAGUUUGAAGAAACCUUCAGUCAAACUCCGAAUCUUAAACUGAAAAAGAAAACUCUUACUGGAGUAAAACCAUAUGAAUGCAAUGUGUGUGGAAAAGUGUAUAUGUGCCAUUCAUCUCUUAAGAGGCACAUGAGAUCUCAUACUGAACACAGACCAUAUGGAUAUCACAAAUAUGGAGAGAAGUCAUAUGAAUGUAAGGAAUGUGGGAAAAGAUUCAACUUUCGAAGCUCAUUUCGAAUACAUGAACGAACUCACACUGGAGAGAAACCCUAUAAAUGUAAACAAUGUGGUAAAGCUUUCAGUUGGCCCAGUUCCUUUCAGAUACAUGAAAGAACUCAUACUGGAGAGAAACCCUAUGAAUGUAAGGAAUGUGGAAAAGCCUUCAUUUAUCAUACAACUUUUCGAGGACACAUGAGGAUGCACACAGGAGAGAAACCUUAUAAAUGUAAAGAAUGUGGGAAAACCUUCAGUCAUCCCAGUUCAUUUCGAAACCAUGAAAGAACUCACUCUGGAGAGAAACCCUAUGAAUGUAAACAAUGUGGGAAAGCUUUCAGAUAUUACCAAACUUUUCAAAUACAUGAAAGGACACACACUGGAGAAAAACCCUAUCAAUGUAAGCAGUGUGGUAAAGCUCUCAGUUGUCCCACAUCCUUUCGAAGUCAUGAAAGGAUUCACACUGGAGAAAAACCGUAUAAAUGUAAAAAAUGUGGAAAAGCCUUUAGUUUUCCCAGUUCCUUUCGAAAACAUGAGAGAAUUCAUACAGGAGAGAAACCCUAUGAUUGUAAGGAAUGUGGGAAAGCAUUCAUUUCUCUUCCUAGCUUUCGAAGACACAUGAUAAUGCACACUGGAAACGGACCUUAUAAAUGUAAGGAAUGUGGGAAAGCCUUUGAUUGUCCAAGUUCUUUUCAAAUUCAUGAAAGAACUCACACGGGGGAGAAACCCUAUGAAUGUAAACAGUGUGGUAAAGCCUUCAGUUGUUCUAGUUCCUUUAGAAUGCAUGAAAGGACCCACACUGGAGAGAAACCCCAUGAAUGUAAACAAUGUGGUAAAGCCUUCAGUUGUUCCAGUUCUGUUCGAAUACAUGAAAGGACUCACACUGGGGAGAAGCCCUAUGAGUGUAAGCAAUGUGGCAAAGCUUUCAGUUGUUCCAGUUCCUUUCGAAUGCAUGAAAGAAUUCACACAGGGGAGAAGCCCUAUGAGUGUAAACAGUGUGGUAAGGCUUUCAGUUUUUCCAGUUCUUUUCGAAUGCAUGAAAGGACUCACACAGGAGAGAAACCCUAUGAAUGUAAGCAAUGUGGUAAGGCCUUCAGUUGUUCUAGUUCCUUUAGAAUGCAUGAAAGGACUCACACAGGAGAGAAACCCUAUGAAUGUAAACAAUGUGGUAAGGCCUUCAGUUGUUCCAGUUCCAUUCGAAUACAUGAAAGGACUCACACUGGAGAGAAACCUUAUGAAUGUAAACAAUGUGGUAAAGCCUUUAGUUGUUCCAGUUCCGUUCGAAUGCAUGAAAGGACUCAUAGUGGAGAGAAGCCCUAUGAAUGUAAACAGUGUGAUAAAGCCUUCAGUUGCUCCCGCUCCUUUCGAAUCCAUGAAAGGACUCACACUGGAGAGAAACCCUAUGAAUGUCAGCAAUGCGGGAAAGCCUUUAAGUGUUCCCGUUCCUUUCGGAUACACGAAAGAACUCAUACUGGAGAGUAACACUACCGGUGUAAACAAUGUGGGAAAGCUUUAAAUUGUGCCGUUAUGUUUUGAAGACAUGAAAGGACUCAUGCCACAAAGAAACCCUGUGAAUAUAAAAUGUGAGAAACCUUCAACUCUCUAGGUGUAAAUACCAGAAAGAACUCACAGUGGACAGAAAACUUACAAAUGUAAGCAAUAGGGGAGAGCCUUCAGUGGUCACCUAACCUUUCAAGGACCAUGAGAAGGCACACUGGAGAUAAACCCUAUACAUGUAAAGAAUGUGGAAAAACCUUUAGUCGUCUCAGUUUAUUUGGAAAUGACGAACAGACUCACACUAGAGAGCAACUUCUUGAAUAUAGGCAAUGUGAGAAAAUCUUCGGUUGGUCCACAUCCUUACAAAAUUGUGAGAAUGCACACUGGAUGGAAAUCCUAUAAAAGUGAGAAAUAACGGAAUGUUCUCAAUUUUAACAAAUGCUCAUAAGAUACCCCCUAUUGUAUGAAACUUCAAACUCGUGAAAACUCCCCCUAGGGAGGGAUCCUAUAAAUGUAGAUAAUAUGGGAAAGCAUGAUGCAAAUUAAUUCAUGUAUGUUCCAGAAAAUUCACAAUAUGAAAAAAAUUAUAAAACUUAUAAAGAUAUUGUCUUUAUCAGUUGCUCAUUCUUAAAGGGUAUCUCUGGACUAUGGAUUUCUAUUUAUUACUUUUAAUGAUGAACACUGAAGUGAGAGAAUUCUUUAUGCUUUUGUUAAGCAAGAUUACUCAAGUUUAAUUGGUAGUGUUUUUUCAUUAAAUCAGUUACUGAAACUUUGUCUUUCUAUUUUGAAGUCUGUUGGAUUCAUGAGUAAAUUGAAGUACAUUUUUAGUAUGGAAGUAGUUUUAAUUUUUUAAAUUGUUCUAUGAGUAAAGGACCAUUGAAAAGUGACAAUUUGGAAAUUGUUAGGCUUUUCCUACUGGCCUGGUGUGGCAGGUACUAGACAUCCCUUACCCAUUAUAUAUAUUUCAUCUUUCUUUCUGACUGAAAGAAGUUUUUAGGGGAGAGGGCCAGGAGCCUUAUUCUGACCUCCAUGCUAAAAAUUGGUUGUAAUAACUUUGUGAGUGUGCAAAGCUUGUCAUACAAUAUACUCUCCAUUUGACUUAUUAUUUUCGUUUUUUGCUUUCUGUUAUUUGACAUUCCUUCUGACUGUGAUUUGGAUAAUAGACUUUACAUUAAGAAGAGAGACCUUUGAUAGAACAAUAUAAUCUAUUGAUGGAAAUAGCUUUCUUGGAUUUUGUUAAGUUAACAUGUAUAUUGUGACCUAUAUUUUCUACAAUCUAUCCUUCUGUGGUUCCAUGUUAUAAUUUGCCAAUAGCCUAUUUAUAGGAGAAAUGGAAGGCAGAAGUAACGAAGGCAUUUGCCAGGUUUUGUAUCCACAGAUGGAUGCAUAGGGGCUUCAGGGACACCUGGUUCCUUCCAGUUUUCCUGAUGCUUUGCCCUGCCGAUCAAGAGUAUUCUUAGAACCACCACUAACUGCUUUCUUGCCAUGUUUUCAGAGAUGUAGUUUUUCACAGAUUAGGUUCCACUCAAAGAUCCACUGCAGUUUGGAUUUUCCUACAAACUCUAAUGUGUCUACCAGACAACUAAUUUAGAUUCUCAAGAUUGGGAAUAUUCUCUGAUGCUGUGACCCACCUCAUCUCUAGAUUGAAUUUAUCUAAGGUCUUAAUUUAUGUAGUAAACACAUGUUUUUGUAAUACUGCCAGUGACUAUGUGUUUCUGAUUCCAAGAUGACAGCUACAGUGUCAAGUCUAAAAGCACUACCUGGGAGCUUGUUUCUGUACUGUGUUGUGCAGUGAAUGCACUGACUCAGUCCUACAAUGUAAGAAUGAGCACCUUCCUCAUAUCAAGCAGAUUGUCAGUGUUUCCUAUUACAGUUUAACAUAAUUUCUCAGUAUGUUUUAAGUUCUGUUUCAUUGUAUGUGAUUAAAAAUGAUGUGCAUGUUUUUGUUAAAAGCUUCUGUAGAUGUUUCUUAGAAAUAUUUUAUUAACUGCUUUUAAAUAAUGUGUAUAUUAUCAAUUAUUGUCUUUUUCCUUUCCUGUGAGGGUAUAUUAAAAUAUUAUAAUUAUGGAUUUUCAAAUUAAGUUUGUAAUUUUGUCAGUCAUUAUUCUGAGUCAGUAUUAGCUUGUGCAUACAAGAUCAAGUAUUCUCCCUCCCCCCUCAGGAGAAUUUUAAAUU